AUGCGGUUACCGGCACUCCUGGCGGUCGCGUUCGGCGUGCCUGCCCUGGCGCUCCAGAGGCGCGACGACGAGUACAAGGGCAACGGCAAGCCCUACGAGGACCCCGCUGACAAGGGCGGGCGCAUGCUAACGAUAAUCAACGGGACGCACGAGGGCGAACCGCUGAAUGCAAUCCUGUCGGCAGACUCUGACCCGGCCGUGCUUGUCGAUUCCGAGGAUCUGGGCGGGUUCCGGAACUACAUGCUGUCGACCGAGCUGGCGGCCGAGUGCCUCGGGAUGCACUUCGGCGCGAAGCAGAAGGCGGCGCUGGACGGCCCCGACGGCGUGGACGAGUUCGCAGUCCUGCGCUGGAUGUACGGCGACCAGUACAUCGGAUCGUGCAAGGAGACGUUCAAUGGCGGCCUGCACCUGCGCUACUGGCGGCAGCGAAGUACGGGGGCGUACUUUAUGGCGGUGAGCUCGGAGCUGCCGCUCGACAAGGCGCACGACAUCAUUCCGAACGGGUACAAUAUUGGCCGCGACCAGCUCGUCGGUAAUGUCACGAAGCACGAGUUCAACACGCGCAGCGUUACCAACGAGACCGUGUUCACGGGCCGCUCCUCGUUCAACAACUACACGUACGAGACGGAGGUCAAGUACGUCUCUGGCCUGCUCAAGAACUCGUCGGACAACGUCAACCACUGGGGCUCGGUUCCCGUUGACGGAUUUCCUGCGAUUGAUGGGCUCGUUGCCGUGCUCACCGUCAAGAUCGUCGAGUCACCGCAUGGGCGUGCUGUGCCUGAGCGGGAUCAGAAGUUGGCGUGGAUCGGCCUGCCCCUCACCCAACUCCAAAUCCCAAUGCCAAGGGAGGGCCCAACAUUGUUGACGCCUUUGUGGAACCCGCAUCUCUUGCGCGCAAGCAACACAAUGGCCGACGACUGGGAGCCGUCACAGCCGCAACUGGCUCAGGCGAAGCCUCGCAUCCUCGCCCGACCCCCAGCCCAGCAGACUCCGGCAGCGACAUCGACGGAGCAAAACCAGAACCCGAGAUACGACUCGGCGUUCCCUGCUCUUGGCGCUGGGGCCGCUGGGAAGGAGGGAGAAGGCGACGACGACUGGUUCCGCGGCCCGCAGCAGAAUAACCGCCAGCUCUGGGAUACAGCAGACGAGGAGUUGGUGGGAAGCGGAGAGAGGACGCAGCUGGUCAGGCCGGCGCAGACAUAG